AUAAUAGAAAAGGAAAGAAAACGGGGGAAGAGAGAGAGAAAGAAAGAGAAGAAGAAGAAGAAGAAGAAGAAGGAAGAAACCCUCCGCUUCUCUCUCCGCUUGCUUCGCCCGACCGAAGGGAGCACCUCUCUCUCUCUCUCUCUCUCUCUGCCACCCCCCUCGUCCUCUCUCUAGCGCUCUCCCUCUCUCUCCCUCUGUCUGCAAAGGCGAGAGCUCCAUGGGUCGCCGUCGACGGCGUCAGGCGACGGCCGUCGAUCACGCACUAUGGGUGCUCGCCCUCAUCGCGUUCCAUUUGUUCUCCGUGGUCUUGGGAGCCACAUCCGCCGACGACGUCACGGCGAUGACGGCCCUCUCAAACGCCAUCGGCGGCGAUUCUUUGGGGUGGAAGGGAACCGAUCCCUGCAAUGCUUGGCGUGGUGUAAAGUGCGACGCUAACCGCGUUACCUCCAUCCAGCUUGCAAACGCCGGCAUAUCUGGUACCAUCCCCUCCAAAGCCAUAUCUGCCCUCACAAUGCUCACCACCCUUAGCCUCCAGGGAAACCAUCUCACCGGCGCUCUUCCUUCUUUUGCCGGCCUAUCGUCCCUUCAGACCCUGUACCUCGAUAACAACAAUUUUUCCUCCGUCCCUCCCGGGAUCUUCUCCGGCCUCACCAGCCUGCAGAACCUCCAUCUCGACAACAACCAGUUCGCCCCCUGGGUCAUCCCUGACCUUUCCGAUUCCACCAGCCUCCAAGCCUUCACCGCCAGCAAUGCCUUCAUCACGGGAACCAUUCCGGAUUACUUUGGAAAAAUGGUGAAUCUUCAGUCCCUCAGGCUUUCCUACAACAACCUCACCGGCGGGCUGCCUACCACCUUCGCCGGCUCCGGCAUCCAGAACCUCUGGCUCAACAACCAGCAGGGUGAGAAGCUUAGCGGCUCAAUUGAGGUUCUUGGUCAGAUGACGAGCCUUGUUCAGGCCUGGCUACACUCGAAUGCUUUCACCGGUCCCAUCCCGGACCUCACCAAAUGCACGUCUCUGGUCGAUCUGCAACUCAGAGACAACUCCCUCACAGGUGUCCUGCCCUCCUCCCUCUUCUCCAUGCGCUCUCUGCUCAACAUUUCUCUAUCCAACAACCGUCUCCAGGGUCAAUACCCCAACUUUAACAGUUCUGUCACACAAAACAUAGGGACCUUGAAUAGUUUCUGCCUUCCCCAACCUGGGCCCUGUGAUCAACGAGUCGAUAUCCUCCUUGCGAUUGCUGCGGCGGUAAACUACCCACUUGAUUUCGCCAACUCCUGGAAAGGGAAUGAUCCUUGCAGCGGGCCCUGGUCGGGUGUCACCUGCGAUGCGAAGGGGGUCAUCACCGUGCUCAAUUUCGCAAAUCGUCGUUUGGUCGGAACCAUCUCCCCGGCAAUCGCAAACCUGACUGGCCUGAAGACGCUGUACCUCAGCAACAACAAUCUGACAGGACCCAUCCCUGCGAGCCUCACCACUCUGCAGAAUCUGCAGAUAAUUGAUGUCUCCAACAAUAAUCUUACCGGUGCUGUACCGGCAUUUAGCCCGAACGUUACGCUGAAGAGUUCGGGCAAUCUAUAUCUGGGCACUGGUGGAUCCUCCGGUGGAAGUGGAGGAUCUGGAGAUGAUGGUGGUGGUGGGACUGCAUCUGGCUCGUCUGGGUCGGCGGCGCAUGGUGGAUCGCUGUCGGCCGCCGCUCGAGUGGGAAUAGGAAUAGGUGUUGUAUUGGCGCUAGUGAUUGUUGCUGGGCUAGUCUUUUGUUACUUUUGCAAGUCCAAGGGACGGGGAUUCGGACGCGUGCAGAGUCCGCCUUCUUCUGCAAAUGGGCUAGGAGAGGUUAAACUUAACGUUGGCAAUGACAAUACCAAUGUCACUAGUGAGGAACACAGCGCGUCCAGCAGUUUGCCCGACCCUGGUAGCAUGGUGAUAUCGAUCCAAGUGCUUCAGGAGGUGACGAACAAUUUCAGCGACUCGAACGAGAUAGGCCGGGGAGGUUUCGGAGUUGUUUACAGAGGAGAGCUUCAUGAUGGGACCAAGAUUGCAGUGAAGAGGAUGCAGGGAGCCACAAUGGGAGGCAAAGGCAUGAAUGAGUUCUUGGCGGAGAUCAAUGUGCUGACGAAGGUGAGGCAUCGGCACUUGGUGGCGCUGCUCGGCUACUGCAUUGAGAGGAACGAAAGGCUUCUGGUUUAUGAAUAUAUGCCACAGGGGACGUUGGGGCAGCAUCUAUUUGAAGGACCAGAGAACGGUUUCUGUUUUCUCAAUUGGAAAGCAAGGCUGACCAUUGCAUUGGAUGUCGCCAGGGGAGUUGAAUAUUUGCAUAGUUUGGCAUUGACUAGUUUCAUUCACAGGGAUCUGAAACCUUCCAAUAUACUGUUGGAUGAUAAUAUGAGAGCAAAAGUUUCAGAUUUUGGCCUUGUAAAACUUGCACCUGAAGGGAAAUACUCAGUGGAGACACGAUUGGCCGGAACGUUUGGAUAUCUUGCACCUGAAUAUGCUGCUACUGGAAGGGUAACAACGAAGGUUGAUGUCUAUGCAUUUGGGGUGAUCCUCAUGGAAAUGAUAACAGGUCGGAAAGCCCUGGACCAAUCACAGCCAGAAGAAAGCUCCCAUCUUGUGACAUGGUUCCGAAGAAUCUUGAUUGGCAACAAGGGCGAUGUCAGCAAGGCUAUUGAUCCAACCCUCAAUUUAGAUGAUGAGGAAACGUUCAAUAGCAUUUCCGUAGUGGCUGAGUUAGCUGGCCAUUGCACUGCCCGGGAGCCACACCAGAGGCCGGAUAUGGGGCAUGCUGUUAGCGUGCUUGCACCGCUGGUAGAACAAUGGAAGCCCAGCAGCAGAGAUGAAGAAACAAGUGAAGGUAUCAACUACGACAUACCACUCUCAGUAGCUAUACAAAGAUGGCAAGCCAAUGAAGGCAGCACCUCUAUGAUGACACAGUCGUUCUACAGAGGUACCACAAGCGUGGAGAAUACGCAGUCCAGUAUUCCGGUAGGUGCAGUUUUCCCAGAUUCUGUGAACUGCCGAUGAGAAAAGAAAGGAAAAGCAGUAAUAUCCAGUAUUCCAAUCGCCUUUUUCUUAAUUCUGUUCUUUCAAUUUUUAUCUGUUUCAGCAGCUUUCUGCUCCCAAUCUCUUCAUUUGUUUGUAAAGGCAAGCAGACUAACAGAAUUUGAGUUUAGGAUGGCCUUCCAAGUGGUCGGAACUUGGGAAGCGGCCAGAGGAAUUGCUUCAAUGUGUAAAAUUUUCCGUUUGGGGAUACAUAUGUAUCGUAUAUCACCACUUUUCCACCUUA